AUGCAGCCCAUGCUCCUGCACCACUGCGACUGCACUCACGACACGCCCAUCUCAUUCAGUCCUUACGCCUUUUCUCAGAACAUCUCUUGCGCAAAUUGCGGCACAAUAUCUACGGGCAUCAACGUUCAGGGGAAAGCAGCAGAAGACGCAAACAUGCAACAGGAUGAACUUACUCGGCUGUUCUCAGCAAACAUGAACUUGUCCCAAGGCAACCCACAGCCCAUGCAACCACAGAUGCAACAGGAACAACCAGUGCAACAACAGCAACAGCAAGAAGAGGCUCCCAAGCAGAUCGUCUACGCUUCUCAACACUACACUCAUUCAUAUCAUGUACCUACCCGCAGUACCUCCGAGCCAGCCUUGAAGACACACAUCGAAUCUUCGGACCUCGCUGCCGUACUUUUGAGGAACAGUAUUGAUCCUUCUCUUCUGUUCCCUUCCCAGAUCGAUCUCUUCCAGAAUGCAGACGACGAUCAGCGGCUACGUCUCCUCGAGCUCUGGCGUAUAUCUCCUCCAUCAGGUCGUCAAGGACAUCCAGCAGGCGUGGAUUACAACAUGUCCCGACAGCUCUACGAUUGGCCACCUACCAGUCUCGCACAGGAGGAGGCCAUGGCUAAGCUGAGAUAUGAGAGACAACAGGCGGAGUCCGCCCAGCAAGAGGCUAUCCAGCAGCACCAGCAGCAGUUAGAUCAGAGCAUGGCGGCAGCAAGCGCUGAACCAUACAUGGCAUCAGGCUACGAGAUGAUGGCUAGACGCGAAUACGAGGAGUCAUGCAGAGGCGAGAAUGCGUUGAAGGAGUCGACCAAGUACAACCAGGCCACCGAUCCAGUCUACAACAACACUGGCAGCAGCAACGGCCUCUGGCAGAAGAAUGUGGGCAGCGUAGCUGACAUGGAGAACACUUACGGAGCAUACGCAUAUGCACGAGAGUAUGGGCUGCAGGGUGGUUAUGGCGACGAGGAGAUGGUCAUGUGA